GUCAUUGUUGUGGGCGGAGUCAGUGAAGAGAAAAAAUGGCGGCGACUAUGAAGAGCGUGGAAGAAAUCAGGACUCGAAUAAUUCUGGGAGAAUUUGGUGUGAAAAACGUUCACACCACGGACUUCCCUGGAAACUACCCUGGCUAUGAUGACACGUGGAAUAUGCAGAAUUUUCAAAAGAACUUUAGAAUUGAUGUGGUCCAAAUGGAUGAAAGCAGUAUGGAGUUUGACAUGGUGGGCAUUGAUGCAGCCAUUGCUAAUGCCUUCAGAAGGAUCCUACUGGCAGAGGUUCCCACCAUGGCAAUAGAAAAGGUGUUCAUCUACAACAACACAUCAAUCGUCCAGGAUGAAGUGCUGGCCCACAGAUUGGGCUUGAUACCUAUCAAAGCUGAUCCUCGUCUCUUUGAGUACAGGAACACUGGAGAAGAGUCCACAGAAGAGGAAGGUUCAGAAAUAGACACAAUUCAGCUACAGCUCAAGAUCAAAUGUAGCAGAAACCCUAGAGCCAGUAAAGACACGUCAGAUCCACGAGAGCUCUAUCUUAACCACAUGGUUUAUUCCAGAGAUAUAAAGUGGGUUCCCAUUGGUAACCAGGCAGAUGUGUUUGCAGACAGCAUGAUUGCACCAGUACAUGAUGACAUCCUGAUAGCUCAGCUGAGGCCGGGGCAGGAGCUGGACAUUGUUAUGCACUGUGUGAAAGGCCUUGGUAAGGAUCAUGCAAAGUUCUCCCCGGUGGCCACAGCGAGUUACAGACUGCUCCCAGAAAUCACCAUCCUGGAGCCAGUGGAGGGAGAGAAGGCCGAGCGCUUGAAACGCUGCUUCUCCAGAGGAGUCAUAGACCUGGAAGAUGUAAAUGGGAAGAAGGUUGCCAAAGUAGUGAACAGUCGUCUGGACACUUGCAGUAGAGAAGUCCUCCGACAUGAUGACCUGAAGAACCUGGUGAAGCUUGGGCGAGUGCGAGACCAUUUCAUCUUUACAGUGGAGUCGACGGGCAUCCUGCCUCCAGAGAUUCUGGUCUCAGAGGCCAUCAAAGUCCUCAUGGCCAAGUGUCAGAGAUUCCUCAAUGAACUGGACUCCACUGACACAGAGUGACUGACCAUGCUUAGUCCACAACACAUGAUGAACAUGCCUCAUCCUAUCAGAGUGUGGUCUGCUGACAGUGCUUUUGGUGGAAUAGCAAGUAUUUAAAGUUAAAGGUUUUCUUUAUAUUUCAUAGACUUCACAUGUAUGUAUGUAUGUGUGUGUGUACGUGCGCAUGUGUAUAGGUUUCUGUAUUGUGAGGAAUAAACUUCCCAGUGACUUGCUGGGGAACUGAA